GGAGCGAGGGGAGAGGGGAGAGGCUGUGGCUGAGCCCCGGAGCCGCCGGGAACCUGCUCGGGUCCUGCGGGGCUCCGGCAUUCCCGGCCGAGGGCGCGCCGCCUCCCAUGCGCCGGGGGCCGCGCGGCUCUCAGCCCUCUCGCCCCCGAGCGCGUCUCGUCGCGGGGCGCCCGGACGGGACAGCGGCGCGGAGCGGAUUUGUGUGUGAUUGUCAUUGUGCUGUACCACAGUGAAGAGGUAUUUUUCACUUCAAGAUACCUUGCAUUAAAAGAUCAUGGUAGACAGCUUAAUAGUUUCUUUGAGACUUCUCAGUUCCCUAGCAGUGCUGGGAUUUCAGUUUGUCAUCCCACAGCCUUCAAUUGAACACAGAAAGGUUCCGCAGAGGAUAGAAGAGCAAGGCGAUGCGGCUGAGGACAGCAGUGCGGGAGUGCCGGGGCUGUGGGGCAGCUGGGGCCCGUGGUCCGCCUGCUCUCGGAGCUGCAGCGGGGGGGUGAUGGAGCAGACGCGGCCCUGCCUCCCCGCCUAUUACCGGGAGCGGGGCUACCGCCGCCCGGGCCGCCACUUCCCGGCCUCCGAGCGGCCUCUGGCUCCCCAGAGCAACCACCACGAGGACUCGCUCUCUGCCUACCCCGGCCACGUCGUCUCUGCCAUCCGCACGUCCGUGCCGCUGCACAGGAGGGAGCAGCAGCCGUGGGCAGCGCUGAGGAACAGCAGCCAGGGCGGCCGGGCCGCCGCCAGGGGCAGCCGCCACUCGCAGGGGCCCCGGCACGGCCCCAGGCCGGACAAGAGAAGCAGAAACAGAAAUCCUAUUGGUCCAGGAAAGUAUGGGUAUGGAAAGGUGCCAUACAUUUUACCUUUACAAACCGAUACCGGUCAGCAGCCUCAGAAGCUGCGGAGGCAGCGGCAGUCGUCGAGGAGCCACCUAUUCCACCAGAGCUCCUACAGCCAGGCAGCUGCUCCUUCACUGCAGCACGGCAAUCUUUACCAAGAGCCCAGUGGGCCUCAGGCAGGACACCAAGUCCUGGGGCCCUCGGUUUAUCAGUCACCUUCGUUCCCCGUGGCUCAGAGUCUGUUCCAGGGCAGUGACUCCGGCCCUCAGGCCCUGCAGGGACAGCCCCAGCCCCAGAGGGCUGCAGCCAUCGUGUGCAUCGGUGCCUACAAGCAAUAUAAACUCUGCAACACAAAUAUGUGUCCUGAAAGCAGCAGGAAUAUUAGAGAGGUACAGUGUGCAUCAUACAAUAACAAGCCAUUUAUGGGUCGAUUUUAUGAAUGGGAACCUUUUGCAGAAGUGAAGGGGAGUCAGAAGUGUGAGCUGAACUGCCGGGCCAUCGGCUACCGCUUCUACGUGCGCCAGGCGGAGACGGUGAUCGAUGGCACCCCCUGCGAGCCCAACGGGACGGCCAUCUGUGUGGCAGGGCAGUGCAAGAGCAUUGGCUGUGACGACUAUCUGGGUUCUGACAAGGUGAUUGACAAGUGUGGAAUAUGUGGAGGGGACAACACUGCUUGCAAGGUUGUGUCUGGAGUUUUCAAACACACGCUAACAAAUCUUGGCUACCACAAGAUAGUGGAAAUUCCUGAAGGAGCUACUAAAAUCAACAUUACUGAGAUGUCAAAGAGCAACAACUAUUUGGCCCUGCGCAGCCGCUCAGGACGCUCCAUCAUCAACGGCAACUGGGCCAUCGAUCGGCCGGGCAGGUACGAAGGUGGUGGGACAAUGUUCACUUACAGACGCCCCAAUGAGAUCUCCAGCACCGCAGGGGAGUCCUUUUUAGCUGAUGGGCCAACAAAUGAAGUCCUUGAUGUCUAUAUGAUACAUCAGCAGCCUAACCCGGGUAUACAUUAUGAAUAUAUCAUUCCAGGAGACAAUGUCAUUAGUCCUCAGUUGCUUGCUCACAGGAGGCCAGGGGAGCCAUUGAACGGUCAGUUAGGAAUGCCAGAAAGUACAAGUCAUGAGGAUGAGGAUUUACAUAGAGAGACAGACAUUCUCACUGGACAGUCAGCUGGGACUUUUCCAGUUAUUCAGCCAGGAAGAUUUCCUUCUCAUCAGCCAGAAAACCAGGUGCCUGCUAUGCAACCACCAAGACAAAACCGAGAACACAACUGGAAACAGGUUGGAAAAACUGAGUGCACUACUACGUGUGGGAAAGGAUCACAGUACCCAAUUUUCCACUGCGUUAACAGAGUCACUCACGAGGAGGUACCUGAGGGUUACUGUGACAGCAGCACCAAACCCAUUCCAGAAGAGGAGGCUUGCAACCUCUUCCCAUGCCCUGCUUUCUGGGACAUAGGGGAGUGGUCUGAGUGCAGCAAAACCUGUGGGCUGGGAAUGCAGCACCGGCAGAUCCUGUGCCGGCAGAUCUAUGCCAACCGCACGCUGACAGUGCAGCAGUACCGCUGCCAGCACCUGGAGAAACCUGACACAACCAGCACCUGCCAGCUCAAGAUCUGCAGCGAGUGGCAGAUCAGGACAGAGUGGACCUCAUGUUCAGUGCCUUGUGGAGUGGGGCAGAGGACUCGAGAUGUGAAGUGUGUCAGCAACCUUGGGGACGUUGUUGAUGAUGAGGAAUGUAACAUGAAGCUGCGGCCAAAUGACAUUGAGAACUGCGACAUGGGCCCCUGUGCCAAGAGCUGGUUCCUUACAGAAUGGAGUGACAGGUGCUCCGCAGAGUGCGGGGACGGGAUCCGCACGCGCUCCGUGGUUUGCAUGACCAACCACGUCAGCAGUUUGCCUCUGGAAGGCUGUGGCAACAACAGACCCUCGGAAACAACUCCCUGUAAUAACGGGCCCUGUGCUGGGAAAGUGGAGUGGUUUGCUGGGGGCUGGACACAGUGCUCUACUGAAUGUGGUAGUGGAACUCAGCAGAGAGAAGUAAUUUGUGUUAGGAAAACUGAAGGUAAUUUUGAUGUUUUGAACCCCUAUGAAUGUUCAUAUUUGGAAAAACCUCCCAGCCAGCAAUCCUGCUACCUCAAACCAUGUGGAUCUAAGUGGUUUCAUACAGAAUGGAGCACAUGUUCCAAGUCAUGUGAAGGAGGAUUUCGGGUUCGGGAGGUGCGAUGUCUGUCGGAUGACAUGGCAGCCAGUACUCAGUGUGAUCCACAGCUCAAGCCUGAAGAGAAAGAACCGUGUAAUACACAGGAUUGUGUUCCUGAAAUAGAUGAGAACUGCAAGGAUAAAUACUACAACUGCAAUGUGGUGGUUCAGGCCCGGCUCUGUGUGUACACCUACUACAAAACAGCCUGUUGUGCCUCCUGUACCCGUGUGGCAAACAGACAGCCAGGCUUCCUGGGGCGCAGAUAACAAAUCCUGCUCUGCUCAGAGCAGCAGUGGCACUCUUCACGUGGAGCUUGAGCAGCUUUGACUGCAGCAGUUGUAGCUUCUUAGAGAUGGGGUUUAUAUUGCUGAGUGCAUCAAGACUAUGGUUAAAUCUCACACCCUUUCAGUUAUUGUGCAGUUAUCUCUUUUAAGAUGUUUGUUGUAAAAUCAUGAGUUUUUUUAAGCAUUCAUUUUUAAUGAUACUAUUAUUUGCACCUGCUCAUCAGAUAAUUAUUUAAGGAACGUACUGGCCUUAAGAUUGUGAAAUUAAUGAAAACUAAAAUCAAUUGCAGGCAAUUACUGGAGAUAAUUGACCAGUAUGGAUGCAGCUGCUCCAUUAUUUUCUGAGUGCUUCCUUUUAUUUGGUAUUUUCGAAUGCCUUAAGUUAGAGGACUAAAUCAAUGAAACGUACAUGAGAAAAAUGACUUCCCAAAGAACCAGACCCUUGAAAAGCAUUUAUCAUCAGUUUCCUAGCACUCUAACUUAUUUUUUUAACUACUUCAGUCCAUUCAUAAUAAAUCAGAGUCCUUUUAGCUCUCACAGUUGUCCUUUUAACUGAUGUCCUGUCCUUAGGCAGCAAAUAUAAACACACUUGACUGCCAGAAGGUGCCUUUAUAUUUAAUUCAUAAACUCGUGAAGAUACACUUUUAUAAUUUUGUAUGGAUUUUAAGAUACGUUCCCUACCAGAGUGGCACUAGUGUCUAGCUCUUCAAGUCUUUAGCAGCUGCAGCUGUCAGUGAGACAGGUUAACCAGAAAGGUGAAGAGCCUUUACUGGUAUGAAAAGUGAUUGUUUCCAUUGGUGAGGUCUCUUUUCUGUAGGGGACUUAUUUCAGAACUGGGAUCUUGCCUAAAUCUUGUCUCUGCACUAUUGUUUAACAGCUGCCAAACCAAAGUACUUUGUUCAGACCUAGUCUGGAUAUGUCACCAGUUUCUGAAACAACCACCAAAGGACAGAAGCCUGUGUGCCUUAUAGCAGAGUCUGUUACUCUUGGUAUCAGGCAGCAGUAUGAGUCUAGUAGCUGAGUAUCUGUAAAAAGGGGUUCUUAGCUAUUGACAUUCUUCAGGUUUUGAUCAGUUAUUACAACAUACUUGUCUUUUUCUGCUCAAUGUUUCAUUGCACAGAUCUAUUCAUACCACUCCUUUUCUAUUACUCAAGAAUGGCUGUAGACUUAGAGCUGAAUUUAAGUGGAGAUUUUUCAUUUCUGCAAUUUCUGUACACAGCCUUGAGACUUGCUAAAAGCAAAUACUAUAUUAUGCAAUGCAGAUGAGGUUUUGCAUUAUCUGCAUGUUCUCUAGUCUUUAUUUGAGAGGUCUUUCAAAUGUGUAAAUAAGGCUGAGGGGAAAAAAUAAACACCUCUGCUUAUUCAGCUGUUUAUUACAGCUUGUAAAUUAGGGAUGUCCAUCUCUGCAUCUGUUCCUGAGGUGUCUGAUGUCCGGGUUGUAAAACAGCUGUAAGAAUCUGUAUUCAGUCACUCCCAGAGGUGUGGUUAAGGUAUCCUGCCACUGAUGCAGAGCCAUGUUUGAGCCUCAUUGUGUAUCCUUUUCUUCUUACUGCUUUGGUGGAGAGGAACACUGGGAGGUGAAGGUUGCUGGGCGUGGAACCAGUCACAUCAGUUUGUGUGCUGGGAGGCACAGGAAGGUGGGUUUCCUGUAGUCUAAAAGCUGCCUUGCAUUGAGUUUAAUUUUUGAAUGUUUUGAUUUGGUCACUCUUGAAAAAUGUAUUUUGGACAUGAUGAACUACUGCUGUUUCACUACAUGAAAUGAAGAAGUGUUUCUCCUAAAAGUUGGAGGUACUCUUUGUGAUUAUCAGUUGUUGUAUAUGAGCCAAAAAUGUCAUUGGCUGUUUCUGUACACUUUGACUUGGGCUUUUUCACUGUAAACAGUAGAUACAAAGUUGUUAGAAACAGAAACUCUAGGAAACUAUUCAAGAUCAUGAAUCUUUCACAGUCCUCCUGUUCCCUUGUAUUACAAAGAUUUGUCCACAAAGAUAACUUACAGAUUUGUUAUGUCCCUUUGAUUCAUGACCAAAGAAUGAUAUGGAUAAAGUACAGUGUAAGCAGCUCUGGAAUCCAGUACUUCUGAAUACAGAUUUUCAUCUGUGUAUCUCAUUGCAGCAAAUCUUGACAUACAUUAUGUAAUUUUUGCUGUUGUCUUUUUCAUCCCAAGGAAGUGUUUCCUGACAGCUAGAGGGAAAUACCUGUUCCAUAAAAAGGCUUCCUGAAAAUCCCAAGGCAAAUGAGAUGCAGACGGAGUCUGGUUUGCAGUUGUAGGACAAAUUCUUCUUACACACACUUUGGGUGUGAGACCAUUAGUGACUCAGCACAUAGACACAUCCUCUUAUUUUAUGAAAUCUGUUAUUUUGCUCUGCAAUAUAUGGCCAUUAGCUUAUUUGACAAAGAUGAUCAUCUUGUAGGCUCUGUUAAGCUGCCACUAAUGUAAACAGUGUUUGUGACAGCUAUCAAAGAAUGUAUACAUAUACAUAGCAGUAUAAUCCUGUAUUACAUGUAGUGUAUACAGCUUUGUGAAUUGAAUGUAGUGAGCUAUGGUUACACAAUUUGCACUUUUUUUUUAAGUGAAGAGACAUUUCUCAGAUGUAACAGAUAAAACAAAAAAAUACAGUUUUACCUAAUUAAAUAUUUAAUGGUAAGGAAAGUGCCAGAGUGCUGCUGAACCUAAUCAUUUAUCAUCUCUUCUCAUGUGUCAGCAUUAUUAAAAGAGUUCCUGCAAAAUGAACUAAUGAGCCCUUUUCAUCAGCACUUUGAUAUACUAAUAUUGUCUGCACAAGUGCUGUGCUAAGAUUUCACCAUCUCACAAAGCAUGAUUUUGAAAUUCGCCUAUAGCAAGUGUUUGUUCUGAUGGAGCAGUUCCCCAACUUAGGAUGAUGCCUGCAGAGGAUCUGACUUUAUUUUCUGUAACUCAAAGGUGGCCUUAAUGAAUGUAGUAGACGUAGAGCAGAUAUGAAACCAGUAUAGGUAAAAAAUUAUGCAUAUUAUCAAUUACAAAUAUCAAUUAUGCAGACUUCUGAUUUUUAAUGUUUCUAUUUCUUUUUCUGACAUUUUAACAUCAGUCAAAAACAUGCAGAAUAGUGGAAAAAAAUGCUUCCUUGCCUUGAAGAUGCCUUAUGCAAUCCAGGAAGACCACAGUAAGUUAGACACUAAAUUGAAAGAGUCCAGCUGUUUAUGGGGUAAAAUCUGCAUACAACCUCCAUGUCUUAUACACAUGCAUCUGGCCAAAAUCAGCUUCAUCCAGAACAGGCUCCGUGUCUCAAAGCACUUUCCAUUUGGAACCAGGAUUCCUGGUGCAGUUGUUUAUCAACUUACCAAGGGCCUGUCAGGGUUUGCUAGCUCCUGUGCAAUGUCACCUUCAAGCAUACGUAGGUGGAAUUCCUUGUGUACACCAAAUUCACACCAAAUUUGAGAGACUGAAUUCAUGGAGUUCUCCCUUCCUCUCCCAGAAGAUGCUGUGGAAGCAGAAGCUCCUGUGGGAAGGACCCUGUGAAUGUGUCUGACUUGGCCAGCAAUGAGACAGUGUUUGUGUCGGUGUCUGUGACCUCCAGUCCCCAGGACUCUGAACAGGGAAGGGCUUGUCAGGAGGCAGGGCAGUGCAGGGCAGUGCUGGGGAGUGCAGGGCAGUGCUGGGGAGUGCAGGGCAGUGCUGGGGAGUGCAGGGCAGUGCUGGGAGUGCAGCACAGGAGUCCUGGGUGUGCUGCACGCCUGCCAGCCCUGAAGCCCACCCGUACUGGAUGGCUACAAGCUCAGAAUCCCUGCACAGGGAACUGCUGUCUUCUUUGUUACACACAUAAACUUUUCCUGCUUUUUCCCAAUACUUCAGCAAAUGGAGAACUUUUUGUGUGAAUAAAGCAGUGUUUAAUCUUAUUGCUUAGAUCCCAGUUUUAUGGCAUAGGGUGCCAGUAUCAGUAUCAGUCAUAUAGUCUGUAGUCCUAGAAAGUGCCAGUUCACCAAUGAGGGAGGAAGGAGAGAGGUGCUCAAACAGCCUAUGGCUCAUAUAGGGCUCAUAUAGGAGGCAUUGCCUCCUCUCUUUAUAACAUGUACCACUGUAAGUAGUAAAAUGUGCCUUUAGGGCUUUGCUUUUCCCCAUCCUUAUCCUGACCUAUCUCCCUUUUUCACCAACACCAAGGCUUCUCCUCUCCUCUUAACUCACUUUCAUCCUUUUUUCCAUUGGAUGACAAUACUGAAUUUUGCCAGAAUUACUGAAAAUCCUCAACUGGCCUUUAAUUUAUAAGACUCUGUGUUAGAAAUAAGCCCAGCUGUUAAGACAGCUGUAUUUUUGACAGCCCUGGGUAUUUGUGCAUAUCCAUAUUGGCUAGUUUUAAAUGCAAAGUAGUAAAGGACAUACUGAAUUAGUUCCUGUGCAGUGAACCUGUGGUUGCACAGCUAUUGAAGUCUGUAGUGGCCCUUUAUGCUCAUAUGUAAUAUCUAUUGCACAGAAAGAGUUAUGGUCCUCACAUAGGAAAAGCUGUGUGUUUACCUGAUUUUCUUGAGACUUAAUGUUCUCUGACUUCUUAGGAGCUGUUCUGUGUAUUGGGCAGAUAAUUCAUGUGCAUGCCUGUAAUUGAAACAAAAACCAUGAAAUUUUGAACAUGAAAGCAAACUUCAUUUAUUUUUAACUUACACAGUGUUUGGGAGAGAUUAGGCAUUGUUUAGAAAACAGUAAAAUAAUUAUUUCUACAUCAGAAAUGAAAAAUCAUCCACUAAACAUUUUCAAUAAAUUUUAAAGCAAACUUGUAAUCAUUAUAAUGUUUCACUGUGGGCAAAAUUCAACUGAGGGAAAAGGAGAAAACUCCAUUUAAGAGAAUUUGUAGCAGACCUGAAUUUUGUUCUUUGCUUCUCAGCUUUUAAUAACCUGAGGUUCAGAGGAGUGAGAGUCCCCAGUUUACUAUAUCCCCAUGUACUGUAAUGGGAUACAGUUAAGUACCAUCAUACCUGGAGAAGAGGGAACUUGAUUCUGAUGGAAUUGACCUUUCAGCAAGAGUCAUUGCUGCUUGUCCUGACCUGUUUUUCCUUGCUGUGUUUGGGUCUCUUGAGACCAGUGGCCUUGGCAGCGGUUGGGUACAUACGAGCUUGUGAAGUCCCAUCAUAAUCACUCAGGAUCUACAGAGAAGAUCAGGAAGGACGGGAGACAAAAGAAACCCUAAGUUGUUUUUUUUAAUAUGUAUAAAAUUGUCUACUUGACCCUCAUAAUUGAUUUUGGCAGAAGGAUAUACUUUAUUAUAACUUAUUUUGUUGUUAUUUGUAAAUACAAGAUGUCUAUGGGAAAUAUGUAAUUCUGAGCUGUGUCUAUGGAACAAGCCACUGCACCAAAAUAUUUCAAAUAUUUAGAAUAGGCAGAUUUUUUUAUUAAAAGGGACUUAAUAUGUAUUUAUUUGCAUAUACCAUUCAAAUUUUGUCCAGCUUUUUCAUUAUACUAACCCAUCUUUUUAGGGAAUUUUAUAGCACAGGUAUUACAUAUAUAUUUUUGUAUAUAUGUCAUACUGUAAAUCCAUAAUACAAUUUUCUAAGCUUUCUGAUUAGCCAGUUCCUUGAGUGAAUUAAAGGGGGAGAGUAUAGGCAAAUUGCUUUCUGACUCGUUCAGGAAUAUAUAUCCGUGGCAAUGUACCUGAACCAGAACUGUACAGCAUCGUUUUCAUAUUGUAUACAUUUUCUCUUUGAUGAAAAAAUGUUAACUAUUUUUGUUUAUGACUAAUUUAUUUUUUAUUAUUGUGAAAAAUAAAGUAACUCGA